UUUACCCCCCAAACCCCCUUUCCCCCCCAUAUGCGCCGUGGGGUGCGGACGUCCCCUCUUGGGGGGCAGGAGGUUGGGGGCCCCCUUUACAGCCUCCGGGUCCUCCAAGAAGGUUUCAACCACCCUCGAGCCGACGGUUCCUUCCACGCCGACGGCUCCAUCACCUUAAUCCGGGGGGGCCCCAUCACCGCCGUAGUGGACACCGGGGGCCCUUGGGCCCGCAGCCACCUUCUCCGACUCUUGGCCCGUCAAGGCUUGUCCCCUGACCAGGUCACCCACGUCAUUUGCACCCACGGUCACUCCGACCACGUGGGCAACGUCAACCUCUUCCCUGGCGCCGAUUUGUUGGUGGGCUUCGAUUUGAGUCGUGGUUAUGGGUUCUACCAACCCAACCCGUUGGUGAAUGGGGUUCCGUACGUUCUUCACCCCGGUCACCUCGAGGUGGUGCCCACGCCGGGUCACACCAUGAACCACGUGAGUUUGGUGGUGAGAGAAACCACCGUAGGGACCGUGGUGGUGGCCGGAGAUUUGUUUGAGAAAGAAGAAGACGAGGAAGAGUGGAGAGCGUUGAGCGAAGACCCAACGCGGCAAGAGAAGAGCCGUCGAUGGGCCUUGGAGGUGGCCGAUGUCAUCGUGCCGGGCCAUGGACCUCCUUUCCGGGUCUUCAGGGAGUGGGGACGCGGUGAAGCUCCUUGGGGUGAUGGUGGUGAUGAUGAUGAUGAAGGUGGAGAAGGUCCCAAAGGACCUGGGGGUGUCCUUGGAGGAGGUGGAAGACCUGAACGGGGCCCCAAAGAGGAGCUGGAGGUGACACCGAGUGGGGACAGAGGAUGAGAUGGGACAACCUGGAGGAGGGAGGUGGAACAUCUGGAGGUGGAGGAGGAGGAGGAGGGGGCUGGAGGCAACCCUGAGGUCUUGGAGACACCAGGAGGUGGUCCCGAGGGACAGAAAAACCCUCGAGGUGGCCCCAAAGCCCUUGAGGUGGCCCCAAAGCCCAGGAGGCAACUCCGGGGGACAGAAGAACCUCAAGGUGACGCCAAAGCCCUCGAGGUGACCCCGAGGGACAGAAGAACUCCAAGGUAGCCCCAAAGCCCUUGAGGUGGCCCUGGGGACAGAAGAACCUCAAAGUGGCCCUGCGGGACAGAAGAACCUCGAGGUGACCCCAAGGGAUAGAAGAACCUCGAGGUGAAUCCUGAGGGACAGGAGGUGGCUCUCAGGGACAGAACCUUGAGGUGACCCCGAGGCACAGAAGAACCUUGAGGUAACCCUGAGGGACAAAGAACCUCAAGAUGACCCCAAAGCCCUCGAGGUGACCUUGAGAGACAGAAGAACCCCGAGGUGACCCCAAAGCCCUUGAGGUGACCUUGAGGGACAGAAGAACCUCGAGGUGACCCCAAAGCCCUCAAGAUGACCUUGAGGGACAGCAGAACCACCCCCAGGUCUUUUAGACCCUUCCAGAAGUCUCAAAACCAAAGGAUUUUGGGAAAAACCUUUCGGAUCCCCUUAUUUUUUGGGGGGGCAGCACUUUUGCGGGGGCUCUGGGACCCCCUUUUUUGGAAGGGGGAA